AUGAUUUGUGUGAUGGUACAAGAACGGCCCUUUUCUGUGGUGGGCCCCCACUUGUGGAAUGCUCUCCCUGGCGAAGCUUUCUUGGUACCAAAGUUACUUAUCUUUAGGCCCCAGGUAAAAACUUCCCUCUUCUCCUAGGCCUUUGGAUAAUUAAACAAUUAACUGCAGGGUGGUGGUGGUAUAGUUUUCAUUAUGGUAUGUGUGUUUGUGUUUUUAAUAUUGUAAAUUGCCCCAUGAUCCUCCAAUGGAGCGUGGUAUAAAAGUUUAAUGAAUAGUAAUUUAUAAAAGGGUGGGACGCGGGUGGCGCUGUGGUCUAAACCACUGAGCCUAGGGCUUCAUGAUCGGAAGGUCAGCGGUUCGAAUCCCUGUGACGGGGUGAGCUCCCGUUUUUCGGUCCCAGCUCCUGCCAACCUAGCAGUUCAAAAGCACAUCAAAGUGUAAGUAGAUAAAUAGGUACCACUCCAGCGGGAAGGUAAACGGCAUUUCUGUGUGCUGCUCUGGUUUCGCCAGAAGCGGCUUAGUCAUUCUGGCCACAUGACCCAGAAAAACUGUCCAUGGACAAAUGUCGACUCCCUUGGCCAGUAAAGCGAGAUGAGCUCCGCAACCCCCGAGUCGUUUGGAACUGGACUUAACUGUCAGGGGUCCUUUACCUUUACCUUUAAUUUAUAAAGGGGCAUGGAAAGAGCCGAGCUUCCACAAUCUUGAUGCUCCUCCAUUCCAGAGCUGCAGUGGAUUUGAACUUUCAACUUUGCGCAUUGCAACCUUCCCUUAACCAAAGGCCACAGGUAGUCUUUGCUCUCUUCACUUCCAACUUCAUCGGCGUUUGCUUCAGCCGCUCCUUGCACUACCAGUUCUACGUCUGGUAUUUCCACACUCUGCCCUACUUGCUCUGGUGCACGCCUCCCAAGAAGCUUGCUCAUCUGCUAAAGUGCGUAGUGGCAGGGGGCGGGGAAGGGAGACGAGUCAAGGGGACUCAGGGUCAUGCCAGCUAUAUGCCUAUUUUCUCUGUGCAGUCAGAUCCAUGUAGUUUGUAGGAACUGCAUUGCAAUUUUACAGAAUUUACAGCAUACAUGCCUGUGAUUCCAGCACAUGCUCACUUGAUCAUGAUUACAAAGAGAACAUCAAAACAAGUGAGUGGGGUGGGACUAGUGGGAGUUAAGCAAUGUGCCGUAAAAUUACAUUUCAAAUAAUUUGCACAUCUUAGACACCAAAAAAAAUCUGGAUGAAGAGGGAAGCUGCCACGUGGUGCCUGGAAUAAAGACAUUUUUAAAAAUAGCUCAGCUUGCUGCAGAAUUUUGAUGGAUUAGGGAUGAAGCAGGGAGUUCAGCUUUCCACCUCCACUUAUGAAAACCUUGAUGCAGGUGUCACUGUAACAUAAUUCAUGUAGGAAUCUAAUCAAAACUUUUUAUAAAAAGGCCCGUAUAUUUAGGGGGAGGUUCAGAACUCUUUAUUGGCACAUCUAUUUGUUUUAAGAAUGUAUAAACAGUUUCCUAAUCAAUGUUUUCCAAAGCAGAAUGCAGAAUAUGUACACAAAUCCGAAAAACAAACUUUGAAAUCAUUGAAUUAUCCAAACUCUGUAUACAUUAUAAAAUGGCCAAGUCACACUUCAGAGAAGGCUGUCUUAAAAAGAAAGUUUUCAAUAGCUACCUAUAUUUCAGUUGGAUGCCGGUUCCAGAAGGCUGGAGCUGCAGCUUUAAAGGCCUGAUAUAUUUAGUGAUAUCAGGUGUACUUCUGGGGCAUACAGAACUCUUAAUGAUGUCCUGUGAGAAGAAUGCAAUUGCCAGAGAGGAGCAUGUGGGGCAAGGCUUAAGUUUCUCAAAUCUCCUAGCCCUAACUUGUAUCACUUUAAAUGCUAGAAGCGAAACUUUUAACUGAGCCACAUAAUGUAUUAGAAUCAUAGAAUCAUAGAGUUGGAAUAGACCACAAGGGCCAUCGAGUCCAACCCCCUGCCAAGCAGGAAACACCAUCAGAGCACUCCUGACAUAUGGUUGUCAAGCCUCUGCUUAAAGACCUCCAAAGAAGGAGACUCCACCACACUCCUUGGCAGCAAAUUCCACUGUCAAACAGCUCUUACUGUCAGGAAGUUCUUCCUAAUGUUUAGGUGGAAUCUUCUUUCUUGUAGUUUGGAUCCAUUGCUCCGUGUCCGCUUCUCUGGAGCAGCAGAAAACAACCUUUCUCCCUCCUCUAUGUGACAUCCUUUAUAUAUUUGAACAUGGCUAUUAUAUCACCCCUUAACCUCCUCUUCUCCAGGCUAAACAUGCCCAGCUCCCUUAGCCAUUCCUCAUAAGGCAUCAUUUCCAGACCUUUGACCAUUUUGGUUGCCCUCCUCUGGACACGUUCCAGUUUGGCAGCCAAAUGCAGUUUCUUAGCAGAGGUGUUAUAUAUUGUUGGUGGGAUGCCCCAGCCAACAGCCUAGCUGCAUUAUUGUAAGCUAGCUGCAGUUUCUGGAUUGCUCAAGAGAAGCCCCACAUAGAGGGCACUGCAGUAAUCCCGUCUUGAGAGUUCCUGAUGCCUGGAUCACAAUAGUCAUAGCUGUCUCGCCAGAUGAAGCUGAUAAAAGGUGCUCUUAGACACUGAGGUUACCUGUGCCUCCAGCGACAUAUAUGGAUCUAGGAGUACCUUUGCUGAACCAGAACUGAGGGCAGGGUGGGGGGUGGCAAAGAAGUGAGUGCUAAGUUCAAGAUCCUGGUUCUGGUGUAGAAAGCCCUCUACAUUGUGGUACCAGGAUACCUGAAAGAUCAUCUCAUUUCUUACAUACACAAUUGAUCACUGCUCUGCAGGUGAGGGCCUCCCACAAAUAGCCUCUUAUCAGGUCUGUUCUGCACAAUAGCUGAAUUGUGCUUCUAGCAUUGUGGCACCUCCCCUUUGGAAUGCCUUCCCCUUGAAUAUUGGGUAACAUCUCUGUUGUUGUUUUUAUGGCGCCUACUGAAGACCUUCCUUUUUCAACGAGCCUUUUAAGUUGAGCUCUUUCCGAGUCUGCAUCUGUGCUGGAGUAGUUUUAAAUAAGUUUUGUAUUGUUUUAUCUCUUGUUUGCUGCCCUGGGCUCCUUUGGGAGGAAAGACUGAAUAUAAAUGUAAUAAACGAACAAACAAUUUUUAAGAGUAAAAGUGAGGGAAGGAGAAAAACCCACUCCUCCUGCUACGACAGCCUUAUGUGACUUCUUGAACAAUGUCCUAUUUGUUUUUUCCUCUCCCUUCAGGGUGCUCAUUCUAGGUUUGAUCGAGCUUUCUUGGAACACGUACCCGUCAACAGUUUACAGCUCCGCUGCCCUCCAUGUUUGCCACGCCAUCAUUCUUCUCCAGCUCUGGUAUGGGACGGAGCCCUCCAUGACCCCCCAGGAAGUAAAGAAACAGCCUUUGAAAAAGGCGGAGUGA